AAUACGCUACUGCUUGAAGAAAACAAUAGCCGAUCGGGUGCACGGCAGUGCCAUAUUGCUGCUGUAGUGGAAGUUGAGCAGGGCUGAGGAAGCUCCUUGUAAGCUGUAGCGUAGUGCAGUGCAAAGAAAGUUAACAAUAAUCUCAAAAAGUAUGCCUCGUUGCCUGAUAAAGUCGAUGGCGCGAUAUCACAAGACGGACAAAUCGAACGAAGAGUCCGAUUUUCCGUGGCUGCCGCCGUCCGCGGAUCUCAAACGGAAGAGCCAUGCCAAAGACGCGACGUUCAAGACGAGCAACAUCUGGACUUGCUCCGGGUUGCCUAUCGUAACCCGUUACAGCUUCCACAAGAGCAACGGUGCGAGAUUCGACGGCGAAUUAAAUUCAACCGGGCGAAAUUUCGUGAAUGUACACCACGACGCCGCGUCGAUCGACGGGCACGUGAUCGACAAUACGGCAAUAUUUCUCGACGGCGUGUCGCGAUUCCCCGCCAAGGCGGAGGGAUCGGCGGGACCGGCGGCGACGCAGACGAUAAACCCGGGAAAAAUCGGCGGCGUGAUAAAUCCGAAGGUCGCGAUCGAUGGCUGCGAGACGCAGACGUUUUCGCAGGCGUUGUAUUUGCUGCCGAAGCAGAAGCAGCACGAGCCGGUGGUCAACGCCGCCGAGGGUAAGACGACGUCUGCACGGGAGGGUGGCCAGCACUGGAAGAGAAAUAAAACGAUGCACUAUUGCCCCUAUUGUCGCAAGAGCUUCGACCGACCGUGGGUGCUGAAAGGCCACCUGCGCCUGCAUACGGGCGAGCGACCCUUCGAGUGUCCGGUUUGCCACAAAUCCUUCGCCGACCGCUCGAAUCUUCGCGCGCAUCAAAGGACACGUAAUCAUCAUCAGUGGCAGUGGCGCUGCGGCGUGUGCUUUAAGGCUUUCUCGCAAAGGCGCUACUUGGAACGCCACUGUCCGGAAGCCUGUCGCAAAUACCGUAUAUCUCAGAAGAAGGAUCUCGUUUGUCCGUAAAAUGUACUGGUUCGAAACGAUGCGGCGAGGAGUGCUGGCGGCUGUUAAAGUCGUUUUCGACGGUGCAUAUUGCGCUUGUAUCAAUGUAAAACCAAUAUCAUUAUGCUAUUAUGUUUGAGCAAUAUGCGUUAUACAAUGCCGUUUUUCACAUUCCUCAAUAAAAUUGUAAUUUUAUUGUAUCUUCAA